UUUUCCACUUCUAUUAUUUUUCAUUUCUUAUAUAAAAUAUAUUUCCUCACAUCAUUCAUCCUCUCUUUUCCUUUUUCUUCUGUUCAUAAAAAUUCGAACGAAACAAUAUAUAUAUAUAUAUAUAUACCAUUUUAUCUCUAUCUAAAUCCCCACCAAUUUUUUCCAUGUAACGUCAAAGAAAGCUCCCAUUCUGAAAAAAAAGAGUUAUGGAAGUAGAGUUUGAUGAUCAAGAACGGUUCUGUGCGACUCCUAAGCUUCAUUUGUUCUCGAUUCCACUAAACAGAGCAUCUGAGACUCCAGGCCUUGCGACGCCGCCAGUGAACAUCGCCGGAUCGAUACCAUUUCAAUGGGAGGAAGCUCCGGGAAAGCCUCGCGUUUCCGAUGAGAAAAAACCGCCCGCGACCAAGCAAAACUCAGGAGGAGGAGGAGUUGUGCGGUGUCUUGAGCUUCCGCCGAGGCUGAUUUUUCCAGCCACCGCGAAUGACCCAUCUCCGACCACAGUUCUCGAUGGUCCUUACGUUAUACCUCGCCGGUCUCUGUCAGUCAUAAGGAGAAGCGAAAAAGACUCUGAGUGUACAAUCGACUUUUCACGUUCCACGAACGGCCGCUGCUGUGACGGCGGCGACACGACGGUGAAGAUCAGUAGAGUUAGAAGAAAAGGAAGCCUUUUGAAUCUUUCUCAUUCCAAAUCGCAAUUCUUGGCAAGGGUUUAUAAAGGGUUUAAGCAAGUGAUUCCAUGGAGGCGUAGGCAAGAAAAUCUUCCGAGGAUGAGUUCUUCCAAUAUUUAAAUAUAAUCUCACCAGUUUUUAUUUUAUUUUAUUCUAUUCUAUAGUUUAUAGACUGAUAUGUAUUCCUUCAGUAUAUA